AUGAGUGUGCCUAAGUUUCAUGAUGAGAAUGAGUAUGAAGGGCUGUUUGCAGAACAAUUCCAUCCAAUUAUAUCGACGUCUAAUGGUGAGGAACAACAAUUAACUCAAAAUAAGAGUAAUAUUAUUAAAAAUAUAAAAUCCAUCCAAGAACUCAAAAAUAAUACAGAGAUAUUGAGAUAUCUUAGGAGGCCAGAACCUGCGGUCAAGAUCAAAUCAUCUAGAAAAAAACAUUUAACUUAUAAAGGCGAUCCUGAUAUUGGAAGGCUUCAAGAUAUCAAAAACAAAUAUAUCCCUGGGUCGCCUUCAUUAGGGACAGUACUUAACGAAUCAAUAAAUCUUAGUCCAGUUUUGAAACCUCUCUCGAAAGUUCAAGACAGACCAUUUGAUUGUGCACCUUUCUUUCAUUGUUAUGAUUAUGAAAAUAGGGUCGGGGACAUGGAUGAGGAUAUAUUAGUAAAGCAGCUGCUUAUUGAUGAUCUGAAUGGAACCUAUCCUAUUUUUGCAAAGCAAUUGGAGUACGAUGAAUUAAAGAAGAAUUUAAAAAAAUCAGAUAGAAUUUUACACUACUUAUUUGGUAUUGAUCGGACAGGAUAUUUUGAACUAGAUGAAGAAAGAACUCAUUUUUACAGCACGUUGAAGAAUCGUUGUACAGCUACUUUGAGGUUUACAGACCGUAGCUUGGAUUUUAAUAUUUCAAGUGAGGAGGAAUUCUUAGAUACUGAUCGUGAUUUCAAUGUAGGAAUAUCAGAACAAUUUGAUGCGUUAUCAGAUGAUGAUGGUUCAAACAGUAAUCUGGACACAUACACUUCAGUAUAA